GGUAUCUAACAGUGACUGAUCAGGUCGUCGAAGAAGAGUAGGGUCAAAGCUAGAACAUGAACAGUGAGAGUCCUGUUGAACGAAAGUAGGAAAAUCCCAGUUCCUGUACAAAUGACAUGGCCGUACAAAUGCUGUCAGAAUGCGGGAAGCCCAUAUCCAAAGGCCGAAGUGACGUCAACUUUUUGGGUUCAAAGACAAAACACCAAGGGCCUGUCUCGAAGGAUGUACUGGACUGUAUUAGUAAGCCAAAAAUUACUUCAAUCCAAAGUUAAUCUUCUUUUUUUUUUGUUUUUUCUUAUGCAAAACAUCGGUUGGUGGAGCCCUCCUAAAGUCGAGAGCUAUCUGUUCGCUGCAUUGGAAGAAGAGUACGAAUAGGAAGCACUGGAGCAGCUGUCAAAUCCCCGAGGCCGCGACAUAAAGAAGAGAGCCCUCAAGAGCAAAGCCCUCUUCGUUUCUUUCAACGAGAAGGAUCUAAGGGAUUACGUGACUGGGUUCCACAAGAGGAAGAAGAAGCGAAGAAAGGAAGCCCAGAAGGAGCAAGAGGAGGCUGAACGCCACAAGCGUAUUGAACAGCGCAAAAAGAGAAAGUUAGAAAAAGAAUUUGCCUUAUAUGGGGGAGUACCAGCCAGCACAGUCUCAGGAUCUGAUGAAAGUGAUGAGAACAAUGAGCAGGAUGAAGAAAGAGAGCCAACUGCAUCAAUUUCUCAUAUUUUUCUAAUCAUACAAGCUGAUGGAUUUACAAGUUACUAUAAUGCUUCAUUGAGAAAAAUGAUUUACAAGUCUUUUAUUGUUCAUAUUGCACUGUGGCUUUUCUUUACGACGCUGGCCUGAACCUCCUGUUUUAUUUCUUCUUAUGUGGUUGGGUUUUGUUUACUGGUGGAAGGGACAACAAUGUAUGAUAGUGGCAACAUUACUGUCACUGUGACAACUAGUGAUAUUUCUCGCGGGUAAGAAGAAGACUUUACUAGCAAAAAGAUGCAUAUGGCAAUGCUCAGAUCAGUUGGAGUUGAUAGAAAACACAACUUACCUGUGAGGAAAAGUAAACCAUUCAAGAAAGUUGGUACACAAAGAUCUAAGCCACCUAGCAAAAGAGGCAGAAAUAAGGGGAAGAAAAGGAACAAGAACAUCCAUUAAUUACCUUGAACCAAAAUUUUUCUAGUCAUGGAGACGAGGUGUUCUUUAACAUGGAGGAAUGUAAGACAGGUUUAGCAAGCCACACAUCAGCAGACAUCGUCUGCUUGGAUGGUUGCGAUGUCUUAUUGUCUCAGCACGUGGCAAGUAACCUGUUGACUUUAUCAUAGUUUUUCAAUUGCCAAAGCUGUUUUUGUAGUACCUCAACCCAAAUGAUAAUGGGGUUAGAUUAAUAUUAAAGUUCAUAAGUUUAUUA